CACGAUAAGUCCACUUUUCUAAUUUGUUAUUAAUCGCAGUAUGCCCACCUCCAACAGCGUGGGACUGGACACUCUUCAAAUUCGCCAUUGCAGCAACAUUGUGAUUGAACCUCGUCGAUUAGGAGCUCGCAUGGAACGAUUAAAACGUGUCAAACAAUGCCUCCAAAAUCCAUCAUGUCAGAUGGCCACUCUACAGAAACCUCCCCACUCUUGUCCAAGGAUUCGUCCCAAACCAUCAACCCCAAUGUUCUCGACUGCAGGGUCGGCAUUACCACUGAAACGUCUCAAUCUGUAGUACGUAACACAGCUAAUGCAGAAUCCUACAGCCCUCACACCAGAGAUGUCGAGAACCAGUCGGGUUAUGAAGUUCAGAAGUCACAACAGCAUCAGGGGCUGCCAGAAGUACGGAAACGUCUGAAGUACAUCAUUCCAGCUGUUGCAAUCGGGGUUUUCCUCGCUGCAGCUGAUCAGACAGUAAUCGUCUCUUCCUAUGGACUGAUUGGCACCGAUUUGAAGGCAUUGAAUAAGACGUCAUGGAUAGCAACAGCGUACAUGCUGACCUUGACCUCGUUUCAGCCCUUGUAUGGCAAGCUCUCGGAUAUCUUCGGACGCAAAGCUUGCCUCAUCUUCGCAUACACAGUAUUCGGCAUUGGUUGCUUGUGUUGUGGUCUUGCUCGGGAUAUUAACGAAUUGAUAGCCGCCCGGGCUCUAGCUGGAAUCGGUGGAGGAGGGAUGACUGCGCUCGUGUCAAUUCUCCUAUCCGAUAUUGUCACCUUACGUGAGAGGGGAAAGUGGCAAGGCUACAUCAACAUCAUAUACGCCAGUGGUGCUGCAACUGGAGCUCCUGUUGGUGGAAUUCUGGCUGAUUAUGUUGGUUGGAGAUGGGCAUUCAACGUACAGCCCCCGCUCUGUCUCAUCAGUAUUAUUGCUGUGAGCCUAGCUCUGAAGCUACCAAGGCAUAAUCGUGGAAGCUGGAAGGCCAAAGUCCUAAGGAUUGACUUCUUCGGUGCGAUUAUCCUCAUAACUGCCAUAUCGGCCUUCUUGAUAGCCCUGGAUCGAGGUAGUAAUCAAUCAUGGAAGGACAAAUGGACCAUUGUGAGUCUGGCCAUUUCACUUCCUCUCUUUGCUCUCUUUAUUCUAGUCGAGAGUAAGGUCGCAGCGGAACCAUUUGCACCUGGACAUAUCAUCUUCAGGAGAUCCAUGUUUGCUGGAUAUCUGGUAAACUUCUUCGCUUUCGGAGGCUGGCUUGGAGCCUUGUUCUACAUUCCUCUUCAUUUUCAGGUUGUCAACGAUUUGAGUGCUACGGAAGCAAGCCUGCGGUUGAUUCCUUCCAUCGUCUGCGGAGUAUCUGGCUCACUUACUGCGGGAUUCUAUAUGCAAAGGACCGGAAAGUACUAUUGGCUUACAGUGAUGUGCUAUACGAACUUGACGAUAGGGAUGUCCGUUGUGCUCCUCUGCUCUGGAAUUCUCUUCAAUUCUGUACCUGGUAUAAUGGUGGGCAUGUGCAUAUGUGCAUUCUCCAAUGGUAUCGGUGUGACUACGUCCUUGAUAGCUUUGAUUGCCAACUGUACUUACGAGGACCAAGCUGUCGUCACGGCGUGCUCAUACCUAUUCAGAUCUCUCGGUAGCGUCUUCGGCAUGUGCAUUUCUGCGAGUAUCACCAACUCAACACUCCGAACAAGUCUCAUGCAUGCGUUGAGCAAUGGCAAGGAUGGCGAGAGGAUUGCAGAGGGUGUGAGACAUAGCUUGGCAUAUAUUAGAACUCUUGAACCCUCACUUCGCGAAUUGGUGAGGAGCUGCUAUGGUUUGUCCACACGAUCUGCAUUUGGGUUCCAGGUUGCACUCGUCAUGGGAGCUACAGUAAGCGCAGUAUUCAUCAAAGAGAAGGCUCUGGGUACUUGAAAGAAGAGCGCGGGGACGAGAUUAGUGGGCAGCAGAGAAUGGCUGUGCCAAUGCUCGUCGAAAGCAUCAACAUUAUACAUUUUUAGAGGGUGUUAAUUGUUCGCAUUGGUGGUUUUUAUCUGGUAUUAGUACGCCUAGAUCCAGGUACCUUCUAUUGUCGCAUCAUAGAAAGCAGGGCGCGUCGAGGAGCUUCGGCAUAUUGUUGGAUUGUCCACUUGUCUCACAAUAUCUGUCCAGCCACUGUUAGAUACAAGCCUCGAUACAAUAACCGAGUCACAAUCAAGUCCAAUUCUCCUUCCUGG